CCUGCAUGUUCUCGCUCAGUCAGGCUCAAAAUCUUCAGCGCGCAGCUUCGGGGGAAAGUUUGCAAACACAAUGACAAGAAACCACCACAAUGAACAAACCGCCUGUUCCUCCUCUGCUGACAACAGCCUGCACGGCGGAGACGAGUGACCAGCAGGAGUCCGUCUCAGAAAACCGAGAGGAAGAACUGGACCGAACCCGGACUAGAAUCAACAUCGGACGGGCUUUUCGGAGGUGGAGGAAGCUACGGGACGUGAAAGGAUUCAAAACCGAUGCUGAGAUAGCGACAUUCCUGCUGGACAGAUAUCAGGCAAAUUCUUUGGCUGCAGCAUCGACACCAACGAAACAUAGGAGAGAUGAUGGGGGUUGCAGAGAGGUGAACGAAAUUGCCGUCGAGGUUUUAGAUACAAGUCCGUCAUCGCCAGACAUGCACGAUGACUUCAACAGUAUUCAAAACUCAGAAAUUGACUGGACAGAGGACGAGACGUGGGCUCCGGUCGAGGACACAGAAGAUAUUUCAGCUUCAGAGGAAGAGGAAACAACGGAGGAGGACGAUCACAAUGACGACAGUGAUGAUGAAGACUACGUCCCCCCUUUGUGUGUUCGAACUGGAACUGGUGCCAUUAAAACCAAAAUAUGUCCAGAUGCUCUUCAGUCUGUCAGCAAGGAUGAAACUGUGAAUGAUGCUGAAGAUGAAGAGAAGAUAAAGCAGCCACCAGUGACAGGAAAGAUUCCAGAAGUGCAGAAAAACAUGCCUUGCAAUCAGCUUGGGAACCAGAAAAACAAAGCUGCUGAGAUCCACCACCAGCACCUGAACAAAAGGAGAGCAGAGCUAAGUCACCGUGAAGAACACAGCCCUGGAAGACAACACAGCACCUCCCCAUCUGAGGAGCCAAAACAGUCCCAGGGGUUUCGCAGGCCACACAAGACCUACAAAUGUCCAACGUGUGGAAAAGUGUUCCCUCGUAACCAAGCCCUGAAACGCCACCUGGUGAUUCACUCAGGAAAAAGACCUUUCAAAUGCUUCAUAUGUGGAAGAGGAUUCACUCAGAGUGGAAACCUCAAAACACACAUGAAGGUUCACAGAGGCGAGCUAACAAACUGGACAUUAGUUAAAGAGAAGAGUCCAGUUAAAGAAUCUCCUGCAACACUUUAUUUGUGUGGGGAGUGUGGAAUGGACUUCCCUGAGAAGCAUCUGCUAGAGCAACACCGUGGGAGUCACAAGAAGCCUUUUGCAUGUCCCGACUGUGACAAGACAUUCAAAAACGAAUCAUAUUUUAAAAUCCAUCAACGUGUCCACUCAGGAGAAACACCUUACAUCUGUUCAGAGUGUGGGAAGAGUUGUGUCACAGCAGUUUUGCUUAAAAAACACGAACUAACCCACACCGGAGAAAAGAAUUUUCACUGUGGUCGGUGCUGGAGGGCGUUUUCACAAUCCUCGCACCUGAAAAUGCAUCUCAAGACCCACACAGGAGAGCGUCCUCACCUGUGCUCAAUCUGUGGAAAAAGUUACUCCAGAGCACAUACGCUGAAAGUUCAUCUGCGAGUUCACACUGGAGAGAAACCAUACUCUUGUGAGAAAUGUGGGAAGUGUUUUUUUUACUCUCAAAAUUAUCAAGUGCAUUUGAAGACUCAUGACAAGAAGCUGAAGCCUCCACCAAAAUCUACAGGGAGACCAAAACAGCAGCUGUUAGUGGUAAAGAAUCAGUGAUGUCAUGUGGAAAUUUUAAAGCAGUCUGAAAAGAUGUAAAUUUAUUACCUUUUACUUAUUGAUUAUUAAGCGACAUAAAAUAUCUUUUAAUGGACUCAAGUGAUGGGACAAGCAAUACGAUAUUAAUCACAUGUGAUAUGUUGUGUACAGUCAAAUCCACUGUUAUGUAUUUUAGGCUAGAGUAUUUAAAUAAAUAAAUCAUGGUAAUUGUG